ACGUCACAAAAUACAUGAAUUUGCCACCACCACUUAAUUAACGUGGAAAUCCUAACGCGUUAGUAACUUCAAGAGCACUCAAGUGCUCGGUCACACUUUUGUUUUUGUGCACUUUGCAAUCGAAUUGUUCGUGAAUUCGGGUUCACUUCGUUUUCGUGUGGAUUAGCUAGGCAAGAUUGAAUUAAGAGUCGAUAUACAGAUGUCCAGCAACAAUACGGAUACUGGGGACACCACCAUCAUGGCGACGGCUACCUCGGUGCAGCACGAUGUCGAGGCCGGCGCAGAUGAGCAAUUGCCCCGAGAAUCGCUGAUAACCACUGCAGUCAGUUUUCUACAAAACACUAAGGUGCGCCACACGACACUUAUCCAGAAGCAGCAGUUCCUACGGUCCAAAGGUCUCACUUCUCACGAAAUCCAGUUGGCCUGCGAACGGGCCGGCGUUUUCACCCAAGACCCCAAUAAUCCCAAUCCCAGCCCGAACACCGUGAUCAGCAUUGGAUCCCAGUUGCAGGCGCUGCAGCCGCAACCGACUGUCUUUGCCCGGAUCAGGGAAAUCAUCCAUUCGGCAGCCCUGUUUAGCGGAGUUAUUUAUGCAGUCUACCUCUUUUGGAAGAAAUACAUUGCGCCUUACCUGUUUGGCAAGCCAAAGAAGAAGGCGGUCGAUGAAGUCCUCGACGACAUAGAUAAAAAGGUGGACCAACGCACCAACGACCUCAACAAGGAGAUUUCGGCGGUCAGGGAUCUGAUCACCACCCAGCAGAGGGAACACGCCCAGCAGCUGAACCGCGAAUUUAGUAACUUCCGCAGCGAUCUGGAUGCCAUUAAGGGCCUGCUUUUGAACCGAAAGCAGUUCGCCGGUCCUGUGGCCCCGAUUGCAGUGCCAUCCAUUCCCGCCUGGCAGUUGGCCGGCUCCCCGCAUCACCAUCACCGGCACAGCGGGUCGGACGACAACGAGAAGGGCGAUGAUGCUGGAUCCGGGUCGGGCUCGUCGGAGACCGAGGUGGUAACCAAGAAUAGUGACUCCAGCUUGGAGAUCAUGUAAUGCAAUCAGAAUACGAGGUUGACUAUAUAGACGUAGUAUAUAGUUAAGCUGUAAAUUGAGUUUUCCCUUAAAUGCCGUUAAGACUUUUUGGUUUUUUGCUUUGCGUUUAUAGCAUUUAAGUUCUCUUUAUAGUCAACAGCUAAUCCAUAUCCAAAAGUACAUACACACACUCACAUAUACACACUUAUGCGAUACGAUGUCUAUACAAUGUAAUAAUAAAAAAGUUUACAUAAUAA